CAUGCCAGCCCAAUUGCCUCAAAACGCAACGAUUAACAAGUUGCACGCUGUCCUAAACGACGACAGAAACUCGCGUAUUUGUCAACGAUGGCGAGCAUCCACAACCACCACUACCACGUACUGCAACUAGUGCUAUCCUGCCGUAAAAUAACAGCGCAGGUAACAAACACCACAAACUCAUCGAUCAUAGCAAUGGCUUCUUCUUCGGAGCGAGAAUUUCUCGCUCACUACCGAUCCGUCCUCAAUCGCUUCCCAAGAUCACACCGAUUCUGGAACGCUAAAGUUGCUUCUCGUGUUGGCGAGAAAUUAGGUUCCCGUCUCAGAGAAAUCGGCAUCACCGGAGUUCAAAUCGACGUUAAUGAAGAGCUAUCACGGCCUCUACAUUAUCGCACGAUGGUUUCACCGUUGUUUGGUUCCGUUCAACGCGCAGGCGUUCGCGUUUCCGGUGCUGACGAUUUGCCUUCCUUUUGAUUCAAUCAUUUUGUGCGGAGGAAGUGGAAACCAAUUUGUUUCGGCAUAUUGCUUAAUAUGUUUUUCUGAGGUGGUUUGAUAGCAUGGGUUAAUCUCAAUAGUACUAAACUGAUGGUUGUGAUUUGAAUGAGAAGUUGGGCAAUGGCGUGUUACUAGUCAUGGACUUGGAUCCGAAGGUAUAGGGAGGUGCACAGCGAGUCAGUUUCAUGGCCUCCUGCAACUUGGUAUGCUAUUGGAAAUAAUGCUAAGGAGUAUGAACAAAUUGAUGCUAAGGAGUAUGCUAUUGGAAAUAAUGCUAAGGAAAUAAUGCUAAGGAGUAUGAACAAGUAAACAAGUGUUCAUUAAGUGGAGGGUGUGGUGGAGUUAUUCCUGGAUAAGAUGGGAGUUAUUCAUGCGUUUCUAACAGUAGAGAUUUCAAGGUUGUGGAGUAAUGUCUGGAUUUUGAAGCAUAUUAUACGAGUGUUAACUGCGAUUCGAUGGAGACUGGUCCACAAACAUUCAUCUUUUUCUCGAGUUAGAUUGAAUGAUUAAGGCGUGUCAUUUCUAUCCUAAAAAAAAUAUGUAUGCAGAUGUUCUUGCAAAUUUGGUUAGGGGUGUGCAUAGUUAUUAAACACAUCCAAAUUGAUCCAAAUAUAUAAUUUGGUUUAGUUCUCAUAA